AGAGGGUAAGUGUGCAACUGACGAAUAUGGAGACGACCACCGUGAAAAACAAGCAAGUGAUAUUGAGAAAUUAUGUGAAGGGUGUCCCAAAAGAGUCUGAUCUUAUGAUUGUCACAGCUUCAGACAUCAUGGAACUCAAGGUUAAGCCCGGAUCAGCGGAAAUUCUGGUGAAGAAUCUUUACUUGUCUUGUGACCCUUACCUUGGGAUUUUCAUGAGAGAACCAACUCCUUCGACCUCAGCAUUUUGGGAUGCUUUCGUCCCUGGCAAGCCUAUAGCUGGAAUUGGAGUGUCUAAGGUGAUAGCUUCUGAUAAUCCAGGUUUUGUAAAUGGCGAUUUUGUUUGGGGAAUCGUCGACUGGGAGGAGUAUAGUGCUAUUAAAGCCAAUGAUAGAUUAUUCAAAAUCGACAUCAAUAUCAGUGUUCCUCUCACCUAUUAUACCGGGAUCCUCGGUAUGACAGGUAUGACUGCUUAUGGUGGAUUUUUCGAGAUAUGUUCUCCUAAGAAAGGAGAAACCGUGUUUGUGUCUGCAGCUUCUGGUGCGGUUGGUCAGCUAGUUGGUCAGUUUGCUAAGUUGAUGGGCUGCUAUGUUGUUGGAAGUGCAGGAAGUACACAAAAGGUCGAUCUCUUGCUGAACACAUUUGGUUUCGAUGAUGCAUUCAAUUACAAGGAAGAGACUGAUCUUGACUCUGCCUUAAAGAGGUGUUUCCCAAAAGGCAUUGACAUAUACUUCGAGAACGUGGGAGGCAAAACGCUUGACGCGGUGUUACUGAACAUGAGAACUUCAGGGAGAAUCGCUGUCUGUGGGAUGAUCUCUCAGUACCAUCUUGAAACCAGAGACAGGUUACAAAAUCUACCGGACAUUAUCUUCAAGAGGAUAAGGAUGCAAGGGUUUGCUGCUUACGACUUUAUUGAUCAAUACCCCAAGUUUUUGGAGUUUGUGCUUCCCUACAUAAAAGAAGACAAGUUAAAGUACGUUGAAGACAUCGUCGAAGGACUCGACAACGGUCCUGCUGCUCUUGUCGGACUUUUACAUGGACAAAACGUUGGUAAACAAGUUCUCAAAGUUGCUCGAGAGGGGAAAAAGAUAAACCCUAACUCAAUUCCCCAGAUUUAUCGAGAUUACGCUUCUUCUUUGAAUCUUACACAGAGAACCACCGAUGGGGUAGCUAUGGGGAUUCUGUCAUGGUUCACGGGAAGUCCUAAGCCGUCACAGUCCGAGACGUCGAAACCGGAGAUGAUACAGAUGCCGAAAUCUGAAACACCAGCUCCGGGGAUGAACGGAGCCAUAGAAGUUCCCCGACCCGAUCGCGCGACGGUUUUCGAGUUCGGCUCCGUGGCGGCAACGGGAGACAGAGUCACUCUCGCUGGAUACUGCCCCGUUUCCGACGAUCUCGAACCAUGCCGUUGGGAGAUUCUUCCCGCCGACGGCAAAGACGCGCCACAGUUUCGCGUCGUCUUCUGAAGUAUCAAUCACUAGAUAUUCCGAGAUCGAGUUUCUAAAAAGAUGUAAAACUUUGGAGAAUUGUAUUUUGGUCUGGUAAUGUCUUCGCUCUUCUAUAAAAAUUGUACAAUUUUUCACUUGAAAUCGAACAAAGUUCUCAUCGUUAAUUACUAA